AUGAGUCACCGGAAAGAAUCGAUGAAUCCUCCUGAGCUAAUGCUUAAGGCGAGCGGAAAGAAUCAACAGCCUCGUCUCUGUUGGCAUCUGUUUUUGUCUGUGUUGUUCUGUUUAUUACUGGUUUACUUCCAAUUGUUGGUCACUGGAAGUUGUAUCAUCGAUGAAUUCAUAAAAUUAGAGCAUAAACCAUCCCCAUCCAAAACCCAGCCAUCCAAAGAACAUCGUCCAAUGCCGAAAAAUUAUCUGUUUAAGCGGGCUUUGAAAACAAUAGAUAACAAGAGUGAUCCUUGUGCGGGAAGGUACAUCUAUGUCCAUGAUCUCCCUCCACAGUUCAAUGAGGAUAUGCUCAAAGAGUGCAAGAGUCUCAGCAUCUGGACCAAUAUGUGCAAGUUCACCACCAAUGCUGGGCUUGGCCCCACAAUGGAAAAUGUUGAAGGGGUUUUCUCAAAUACUGGUUGGUAUGCCACCAACCAGUUUGCUGUGGAUGUGAUCUUUAGCAACAGAAUGAAGCAGUACGAGUGCUUGACGCGAGAUUCUUCGAUUGCUGCUGCCAUCUUUGUCCCAUUCUAUGCUGGGUUGGAUAUAUCCCGCUACCUUUGGGGUUACAACACCUCUGCUCGAGAUGCAUCAUCUCUAGCUUUGGUGAAUUGGCUUGUCGAGAGACCUGAAUGGAAGGUUAUGGGUGGUAAGGAUCAUUUCCUGGUUGGUGGCCGAAUAACGUGGGAUUUCAGAAGGCUAACUGAUCAAGAUUCUGACUGGGGUAGCAAGCUUUUGUUUCUUCCAGCUGUGAAGAACAUGUCGAUGCUAGUGGUUGAAGCGAGCCCAUGGAAUGCCAAUGAUUUUGCUAUACCAUAUCCUACCUACUUCCAUCCAGAAAAGGAUGCUGAUGUCUUUGUAUGGCAGGAACGGAUGAGGAAAUUGGAGAGACAAUGGCUUUUCUCAUUUGCUGGAGCUCCACGUCCUGGCAAUGCCAAAUCGAUUAGAGGGCAGCUCAUUGAGCAAUGCAGGAAUUCCAAGGUGUGUAAGUUACUGGAAUGCGAUAUGGGGCAGAGUAAGUGUCAUUCUCCCAGCAAUAUAAUGCAGAUGUUCCAGAGUUCUCUGUUCUGUCUUCAACCUCAAGGUGAUUCAUACACAAGAAGAUCAGCAUUUGACUCUAUGUUGGCUGGUUGUAUUCCUGUCUUCUUCCAUCCUGGCUCAGCUUACACACAGUACACUUGGCAUUUGCCAAGGAAUUAUUCAAAGUACUCUGUCUUCAUUUCAGAGGAUGAUAUUCGUAAGAGUAAGGUUAGCAUAGAGGAAAGGUUGCUGCAAAUUUCUCCAGAGCAGGUGAAGAUGAUGAGGGAGGAGGUUAUAAGCCUCAUACCAAGAUUGAUAUAUGGAGAUCCAAGGUCAAGACUGGAGACUCUUAAAGAUGCAUUUGAUGUAGCGGUCCAGGCAGUUAUCGACAAAGUUACCAAGUUGAGAAAGGACAUCAUUGAAGGUCGUGAAGAUCCUAAUUUUUUUGAGGAGAUCACUUGGAAGUACGCUCUGUUAGAGGAGGGACAAAGUAAGGUAGGGCCUCAUGAAUGGGAUUCUCUCUUCUCAAAACCGAAGGAUAAUGGAAAUUCAGAUAGUUCAUCUGCAGAAGCUCCUAAAAAUUCUUGGAAGCAUGAGCAAAGGGGUAGAUCGGAAGCCAAAGCAGUGCAAGAAAACAGAAAAACCAAACAAAAGCAAGAUGCAGUUACAGAAGACAUAUCAAGACACAAGCAGUUACCUCUCUGGUUGUUAGCAUCAUUAAUGGAAAGGAAGUUUGUCAACCUUUCUGAUAGAUCAGCGGCAGCAGUCUGUUUAGUGGCUUUUGGUUGUGCUGCCACUGUUACUGUAUAUGUUUCUAGUUCAAUCUCCCUUGCCUAUUCAUGGAUGAAUUAUGAAGAAUGGAGCCUUUAA